GCGCGGCCACGUCGGAGGAAGGCGGGCCCCUCCCACCGUCCCACCUUCCGCGGCUUCGCUGUCAUAGGAGCGGCUCCGGCGAGCGCGUCGGGCAGCGGAAGGCCCAGCACCGAAGGCGCCCGGCGCCCAGGCCUCGUAGCGGCUAGACCGGCGGCGGAGGGGAGAUGUCGGACCUCGGGGAGUGGUUCCGGAGCAUCCCGCUCAUCACCCGCUACUGGUUCGCCGGCGCCAUCGCGGUCCCUCUCGUCGGCAAGCUAGGCCUCGUCAGCCCUUUCUACCUCUUCCUGUGGCCCGAGGCCUUUAUCAACCGCUUCCAGAUCUGGAGGCCAAUCACAGCAACCUUCUAUUUUCCAGUCGGCCCAGGAACGGGGUUUCUUUACCUGGUGAACUUAUAUUUUUUGUAUCAGUAUUCAUCACGAUUAGAAACAGGCGCUUUCGAUGGAAGACCCGCCGACUAUAUGUUCAUGCUUCUCUUUAAUUGGAUCUGCAUAGUUAUCACUGGUUUGGCGAUGAAUAUGCAGUUGCUGAUGAUUCCCUUGAUCAUGUCCGUACUUUACGUUUGGGCCCAGCUGAACAGAGACAUGAUUGUUUCAUUUUGGUUUGGGACACGGUUUAAGGCAUGCUAUCUACCGUGGGUUAUCCUGGGAUUCAACUAUAUCAUUGGAGGCUCUAUCAUCAACGAGCUGAUUGGCAACCUGGUUGGCCACCUGUACUUUUUCUUAAUGUUUAAAUAUCCAAUAGACUUGGGUGGAAGAAAUUUCCUAUCAACGCCUCAGUUCCUGUACCACUGGCUGCCGAACAGGAGAGGAGGAGUCUCUGGAUUUGGUGUGCCCCCCGCCAGCAUGCGCAGGCCUGCAGAGAACCGCCAGGGCGAAGGGAGACACAACUGGGGCCAGGGUUUUCGGCUGGGUGAUCAGUGAAAGAACUUACUGCUUUUUCUCCUCUUCUUUUUUCUUUUUGUGUGUGCGGGACAUCUUCAACCAUUCACGGGAAUGGCUCCUACUGAGGAGUGUACUCAAGAACUGGGUUUGCUUUAGGGCAAAUGGGUCUGGCCCAUUAAGAAAUCUUACUUUUUCUUUUCGUUCCUGGUGGAAGAUGACACAACGGAAGGCACAAGAUAGAUUUUACUCCAGGCUGUUGAAUAGUGCUCAACUCAGUGCUGCCAUUAAAAAAAAAAAAAGAGAACACACAUUUU